UUGACGCCGCUCUCUGCCGCUCUGUAGACAGUCGGUCGUACCGGAGAAACCGAAGCGCUGGAUUCAAGUGUUUAACCCUGUUGUCCGUGGCUCCGACAGUCUCAGUUCCUGCAGACCACAGGGAUGGGCCGUUGUCUGGAUGGCUGAUGGAACGGGACCAAUCAAAUGACAAGAUGCUGGCUCGUAACCGCUUCCUCCUCCUGGUGGUGGUGGGUGGAGCUGCGCUGGCCAUUCUCAGUCUGAGCCUCCAGUUCUUGAACCUGAUCCCCACCACUCCCAUCGUGGAGGAGCGGCCCUUCCAGGCUGCAGAUAGAGUCGUCGCGGCGGCUCUGGGGAAGAGCAGAAAGCGAGUGUUCCCAGUGCCUCACAGUGAGGAGCCCAAUCCCAUAUCCGAGGCUUAUGGCUACUGCAACACUCCCAACCGUACCGAACAGGCCUGGGAAGGUCACAGUCCUGCUGACUACAAGCUGCUGUCUGUCCAGGUGAUGAUUCGCCAUGGUGACCGUUAUCCACUUUAUUCCAUUCCCAAAACCAAGCGACCUUCCAUUGACUGCACCCUCUCCACCAGCAGGAAGCCUUCCCACCCUCUGCUGAACUCCUUCAUCAGUCACAUGGGCCAAGGGAGUCGUGGCCACUGGGAGUCACCACUGAGCUCUGUUCCCCGUCUGCCCAACCACAGUGCCUGUGAGAUGGGAGAACUCACACAGACAGGUGUCGUGCAGCACCUUCGCAAUGGGCAGCUCCUUCACCAUGCCUACAAACGCCACAAUCUCCUUCCUUCUGAUUGGUCACCCCGCCAGCUUUGGGUGGAGACCACAGGUAAGAGCCGCACUCUUCAGAGCGGACUGGCCUUCCUCUACGGCUUCAUCCCAGACUUUGAUUGGACAAGACUAACCGUACGUCACCAGUGGAGCACGCUGUUCUGUGGCUCAGCCUGUGACUGCCCUGCCAGGAACAGGUACCUGGAGGAGGAGCAGAGGAGGCAGUAUCGGUUCAGAGUGACCGAUACCGAGCUAGAGAAGACGUACGUCGAUAUGGCACGCACUUUGGGUGUUCUCACCCGCCAGCUCCGAGCUGCAAACCCUAUAGACUCCCUGUUGUGCCACCUGUGCCAUGACCUUUCAUUCCCAUGUGUUCCCAUGGGAGACACUGGCUCCGGUGGAUGUCUGACUAUGGCACAGUUUGCUGUAAUUCGUCGGCAGCAGCUGGAUGACGAGGUGGACAGGAGACGGAUGGGGCUGUAUCGUAAGUACGCCAUCCUGGCCAUGUACCCCUACCUCAAUCGAACUGCCACCAAGAUGGAGCGGGUUGCUAAGGCCAGCGAGGCUGGUCGACAACCUCGAGCAGGGGGCGAGGAGGUCUUCACCCUCGCUUCAGCCCACGACGUCACCGUGGCCCCAUUGCUGAGCGCACUGGGACUGGAGGAGGCCAGGUUCCCACGGUUUGCAGCAAGAAUAGUCUUUGAAUUGUGGAAGAGCCCACCAGUGACACAAGGGCAGGCAAAAAAGAAAGCUGGAAAAGGUGAGAAGUCCAAGACAAAAGACGGGGAACUGUUCAUCAGAGUGCUUUACAACGGUGAGGAUGUAACAUUUCACACCACCUUCUGUCGAUCCCACGACCGCCACACCAGCCAGCCACUCUGCCCUCUGAAAAACUUCCUGUCUUUUGUUAGAAAAGACAUGUUCAGCGUUGUCAAUGCUACCUCCUACAAGGAGGCCUGCUACAGGCGCCCUGGUUGACAGAUGGACAGAUGGAGAGGAGGGUGAUUGGGUAAGGACGCAGAGUUGGCAGAUGGUUGUACUCCCUUUGUUUUCUGGUUGUUUUCCACUUUUGAAGAGGGUGCAUUUUUAUGCUGCUCAUAGUCUUACAGUUCCUCAUAUUUUAAAAAUAGUACUUGACAUUCCUGAGCACAAAGUGAGCAGCAAACACAUGUAAUACUGUACAUAACAUCUUGAUCAGAGCUGUUCUGUUUUUAACCUUCCCACAAACCUCUUCUUUUAAUUUUUGGAGUAUUGUAUCUUUUCUUGCGUAUAUCUGUAAUACAUAUGUACUUCAUGGGAAGUUGUACGGCACUUCGCCACUUUAUUACUACAUUCCAUUAUACCAUGGAAUUGUAAAACUUCAUUAUUUUUGAAUGCCUCCAAGAAAGGGGAAUGUUGAAGCUUGAAAUAACAUGCUGGAUUAUUCAUUCCUGGGAAAUAUUUUGAGUAUAAUACAUUUUUUCAAUGAAAAUACACAUUGGGCUGGUUUGGGCCACAAUACUCAAUAUGACUAAGUCAUUAGUCACUUAGUAUUUCUUUGAAGUUUAAAUGGUAAUGAUUACAGUAGCCUACCUUUUUAACGGUAAGGAUUUGACACAUUGAUAUGGAUCUUUUUAUUCUUUGCUGUAUUAAAAUUGACUGUGGUACUUUGAAAGUGACACUUGUUUUCUUUUCCACUUACAUUCAUUUACAUCUACAGUACAUCUGUAUUUAUAGUAUUCCUGCCAUUAUAUUCCACUUUGUUUUUGCUACUGAUUUUAAUAAAGGUAUUUAUACUGUAAUGCACACAUGCAAUAAAAUAAAUGCUUAGAUGUUUUCA